GCGAAGAGGCCACCGAAAUCUCUUUAUCGCUCCCACCUGAAGCCCAAAGGCGGCACCGCUUGGCCUGCUGAGAUCCCUGUCGCUCAGGCGUGUCUCCGCCCCUAAGCCCCGCCCCCGAGGCUGCUCCGCCCCCCCAGCAGGGCGGCCAAGGAUGACCACGCUCAUGCACCAAGACCUCAACUUUGGCCAAGUGGUGGCCGACGUGCUCUCCGAGUUCCUGGAGGUGGCCGUGCACCUGAUCCUCUAUGUGCGCGAGGUCUACCCCGUGGGCAUCUUCCAGAAGCGCAAGAAGUACAACGUGCCGGUUCAGAUGUCCUGUCACCCAGAGCUGAACCAGUACAUUCAGGACACGCUUCACUGCGUCAAACCACUCCUGGAGAAGAACGAUGUGGAGAAGGUAAUGGUGGUGAUUUUGGAUAAGGAGCACCGUCCAGUGGAGAAGUUUGUCUUUGAGAUCACUCAGCCGCCCUUGCUGUCCAUCAGUUCCGACUCCCUGCUGUCUCACGUGGAGCAGCUGCUGCGAGCCUUCAUCCUCAAGAUUAGUGUGUGUGAUGCUGUCCUGGAUCACAACCCUCCAGGCUGCACAUUCACAGUCCUUGUGCACACAAGAGAAGCUGCCACCCGAAACAUGGAGAAGAUACAGGUCAUCAAGGACUUCCCAUGGAUCUUGGCAGACGAACAGGAUGUCCACAUGCAUGAUCCCCGGCUGAUACCCCUAAAAACCAUGACGUCGGAUAUUUUAAAGAUGCAGCUCUAUGUGGAAGAGCGAGCUCAUAAACACAGCUGAGGGUGCGCCUGCCACUCGGUGCCCAGCUGUCUGGGGCCCCAGCCCAGGGCGGUGCUGCAGGGCUCCCUGCCUCCAAGUGCUCUUAUCGCCUUGACAUGUGGCCGCCCCUCUGGUUGGGCUUCUCAGUCCUGCUUGACUUCGUGAGGCAGCCUUCCCAGGAGACUAGGGAACGAUGCCAGGACAGACACCAUUUCUCAGCAGCCUCCUGGGGCUUAGCCGGCUAACACUGUCCAUCUGAAUAUACUGUGCUGUGAGUUAUUGUUAAUAAAGGGCCCCCAAAGGGC